AUGGUCUCCUACCUUUCGUUGGUCUUCGUGGCCGUCUUUGCGUCCUUCUUCGCAGUCUUCUCCUUUUUCGUCGCCCUAUUCACUCCGCCUCGCAACUUCCCUAAGAAUAUUCCAACUAUCCCGUUCUAUUAUGGCCUUCUACCCCUCUUCAAAGAUGUUGAUCAAUCUGAGCUAUACCGCCAGUACCUGAAGGAGCCUCUCUCAAAGCACGGUGCAGUCAAGCUAUUCUUCGGCGGACAAUGGAACAUCCUGGUGACCAAGCCAUCGUAUAUCGCCGAGAUGUUCAAGCAUGAAGCUACCUAUGCGAAGUCUGGCAACCAAGUCAAGAUCCCGCACAGUGUGCUCGCUGAGUAUACGGGCGAGAACAUCAUCAGCGCCCAUGGCGAGAAGUGGAGGCUGUACCAGGGUAUCAUCAAGCCAGCCCUGCAAGCUGACCAGGCUUCAGAGCAGAUAUGGAAAAACUCGAGGAUCCUGAGGGGCAUGUUUUUGGGCGACUCGAAGAAAGCUGCCGGCAAUGGUAUCCCAAUUUACACCCCACUCCAUCGCUACGCGCUCGCGAAUCUCUCCGAGGUUUUGUACAGCUCCAGCUUCGAGACACUACAGCAGAUGGACGCCCCACUUCACACAGUUCAGAUGAAGAUCAAGCCCAUCAUCUUCCAGCCAGUUUUCAUGAACUUCCCCUUCCUCGACUACCUACCCUUCAAGAUUAGGAAACUCGGUCGCGUGCUCAACAAGCAGUUCCGCAGUACACUCCGCACCGCCAUCACCAAGGGCCACCUUCAGCACGUCUGUAAUGAAAAUGACAACAGGAACGUCGCUUGCAGAUUGAUCGGCUCGCACCGUGAAGGCUUGCUUACCGACAAGGCUCUUGACGAUAAUCUGGUCAGCACUUUCCUCGCCGGCCACGAGAAUCCUCAGCUCGUACUCAUGUCACUCAUGUAUCUCCUUGGUGCCCACAUUGAGGUUCAGGAAGCUAUCCGCAAGGAAGUUCAAACACUCUUCCCCGCCAACGCUCCAGCCGACUACGAGCCAAAAUAUGCUGAUCUUCACGAUCUGCCUUUUCUUACCUCAGUCCUAUACGAGUCAAUUCGCAUGUUUCCGCCGAUCUCGCAGCUCAUCAACCGUCGAACCACAGCCCCUGUUAUUCUCGGUAACAAGAUCCCCGUUCCUGUAGGCGUCUACAUGGGCUACAAUGCAUACUCCACAAACCGUGACAUCGAGUUCUGGGGCGCUGAUGCUGAGACCUUCAAACCCUCGCGCUGGGGAAUCACAAAUGAUGAGAUCAACCACCUCUACCGUCGCGCUAACUCAAAGGGAUCAUUCAUUAGUUUCCAUGGUGGAAGGCGAGCGUGCUUGGGCCAGAAGUUUGCCAUGCAACAGCUGCGUAUCACAGUUGUUGAGUUGGUGCGCGGAUGCAAGUGGAGGGUGGACGAAACCUGGGACGGCCGCAUGACGCCUGCUGGCCCACUAUACCCGAGGGGUCUCAAGCUGAAAUUCGAAUCGAUCAACGCUAUCUCCGAGAAGACACCAUAG